CAUUUGUCAGUAAUGCAUUGGUGUAGAUUCUCUAUCAUGAUGUCAGGACUAAAUGUUUGACAGACAGACAAUCCUUGUGCCCUUGUAUGAUCCGUGUACCCUCUCACGACAAGCAGAUUAACGUCCGCCAUGAAAAUCCAAGAAGAAUGUCGGAAGUUCAAUUAAUCGUUGUGAGACGAUCCUGUCGGUGGCUAAUGACACGUGACCCGCAGAUGUAUCAGUAGUUAUUGGUGUCUUGCGUCUGUUGAGACUGGCCUCUACACUCUCCACCAUGAACUACAGCGCGCUGAUGUUAACGUUGGUUCUCAUGUCUGCGCUGGAAGCAUCUUCGUCAGAGUUUGUUUUUGAGCUUGAGCAAGUGGCUAGUCACGUGAAACCGUGCCGCAUCCAUCAUCGAGCUAAUGCGUCCGGCAACCGAGUGGUGUGGAUGUUUGCAGGGGAAUACCUCAAUAUCAACUUUUGUAUAGAUCAGCCACGAAAUGUUUCUAUCCGUGAUUUCAUGCAUUCGAACGAUGGUGGAAGUGACGUCAUUUCGGUACUGCUUGAUGGAAUAUCAGUCGGAGAGAUUACAACCCUUGAAAGAUCCAACAGCGGCGCAUAUUGGGAUGAAUUUCUUGGGUCAGGUCAAGUCGGAGAAAGGAGCCAACUUGACCCUGGACAGCACACUGUGACCUUGAUCGUUGCCCGUGCUGACAUGUAUGGUGUGGAGGUUGACUCGGUGGUUGUGGACAUGGCUGCCGUCAACCUGACAAAAGACGACAUCCGGUGCACGGCAUCGCCCUUGAUGAGGGGAGACAACUCCGGCAUAGGUGGCAGCUGUAAACCCUGGGAGGUGAAGGCAGACAAAACAACAGCAAGGAAAGGUUAUGACGGCGUUUCUCCCGAUCUUGUGACUGCUGAAGGGACAACGAGGCUGUUUGCUGAUGGAGACAAGGGUGAACUCACAACGAGGCCGUUUGCUGAAGGGGACAAGGGUGAACUCACAACGAGGCUGUUUGCUGAAGGGGACAAGGGUGAACUCACAACGAGGCUGUUUGCUGAUGGAGACAAGGGUGAACUCACAACGAGGCCGUUUGCUGAAGGGGACAAGGGUGAACUCACAACGAGGCUGUUUGCUGAUGGAGACAAGGGUGAACUCACAACGAGGCCGUUUGCUGAAGGGGACAAGGGUGAACUCACAACGAGGCCGUUUGCUGAAGGGGACAUGGGUGAACUCACAACGAGGCUGUUUGCUGAUGGAGAUAAGGGUGAACUCACAACGAGGCCGUUUGCUGAAGGGGACAUGGGUGAACUCACAACGAGGCCGUUUGCUGAAGGGGACAUGGGUGAACUCACAACGAGGCUGUUUCCUGAAGGGGACAAGGGUGAACUCACAACGAGGCUGUUUGUUGAUGGGGACAUGGGUGAACUCACAACGAGGCUGUUUCCUGAAGGGGACAAGGGUGAACUCACAACGAGGCUGUUUCCUGAAGGGGACAAGGGUGAACUCACAACGAGGCUGUUUCCUGAAGGGUACAAGGGUGAACUCACAACGAGGCUGUUUGUUGAUGGGGACAUGGGUGAACUCACAACGAGGCUGUUUCCUGAAGGGGACAAGGGUGAACUCACAACGAGGCUGUUUCCUGAAGGGUACAUGGGUGAACUCACAACGAGGCUGUUUCCUGAAGGGUACAUGGGUGAACUCACAACGAGGCUCUUUGUUGAUGGGGAUAAGGAUGAAUUGACAACGAGGCUGUUUGGUGAUGUAGACAAGAAUAGAUUGACAACGAGGCUGUUUGGUGAUGUAGACAAGAAUAGAUUGACAACGAGGCUGUUUGGUGAUGUAGACAAGAAUAGAUUGACAACGAGGCUGUUUGGUGAUGGAGACGAGGGUGGACGCACAACGAGGCAGCUAACCAAUAGUGACAGUGACACCUCCGUCGUUGCCUCUGCUCCUACUGCUACUGAAACAUCUACGGCAACCUCACCACCGUCACCAGCUGCCUCAUCGCCAAAGAGUAAAGAACCUUAUAACUGCAGCGGCCGGACCCCAUGCGCACACGUGUUACUCGUAUUCAGUCACAUGAUCAUGUUUCUUCAAACUUUAAUUAAUCAGAUCAUCACCUGAACAAUUCACACCUUUAAUUAUCUCACCGCUGUAUAGAAAGGUUAAUUCAGGAUGCCACCUUGAAUAAUAAAAUUGCAUUAUGAACUAGA